UUGCAAGUAAAUAGAAUAAAUGUCACUCACUCUUUUUAUUUAAGUUUUCUACUGAUCGAGCAAUCCAGGUAUUAAUAGGUAUUUUUGGAAUGGUAAUUGGAAUGACAGCUAAAUUUGAUAGAACUAUUUGGGACGUCUUGGAAAUUUCUGUUGGCAAAAUUUCGUUUCUAGGAAAUAAAAGUAGAAUGUUGGAAGUCGUAGUUCUAUUCCUUCUAAGUUCGGUGUCAUAUUUCGUUGCCCACUUGGAGAGGCCAACAUCAUUUUGGGGACAUUUCCGUGCAGCAUGCCCUAUUAUAAUGGGCCUACUAUCCGCUGAAAUAGUUUACAUUAAUGUUGGUUUUUCACUCUCCAUAAAUAUACUCGUAUAUUUACAUUUUAUUAUUUUUAGAAAUAGGUAGAAAGUUAAACG